GCGGUGCGAGUGAGGAGCGCGCACCCUGGGCGAGGCUGACAGAUCGCCGGGGUGGGUGCAAGAUGGCGCAAGCGGCGCUCCCCCUGCGCCCCCGGCGCUCCUGAGCCGGCAUGUGGCCCAGCCCCCCGCCGCCCGGGCUCGGCCCCGGCCAGAGCCCCGGCCCCGGCCCCGGCGCCGGCCCCGCGGGACGCUGUGAGCCGCGAGAGGCCCCGGAGCCGCGCGUUGCCGAGCGGAGCGGACCGAGAGCCCCAUGGCUGCUCCGCGCACCGCGCCCCCGCGCCGGCCACGGCUCCUGCUGCCGCUGCUGCUGCCGCUGCUGCUGCCGGCGCCGAGCGACGGUCUUGGCCACUCCCCUGAAUUGGCAUUUGCUGUGGAGCCAAGCGAUGAUGUUGUAGUCCCUGGGCAGCCUGUACUGCUAGGCUGCAGGGUGGAAGGGACCCCUCCAGUUCGAGUCACCUGGAGGAAAAACGGAGUGGAGCUGCUGGAGAGUACCCACUGCACCUUGCUGGCCAAUGGGUCCUUGAUGAUCCGUCACUUUCGCCUGGAUCUCGGCGGCAGCCCUUCAGAUGAGGGCGACUAUGAGUGCGUGGCUCAGAACCGCUUUGGACUGGUGGUCAGCCGGAAGGCUCGCAUCCAGGCUGCAACCAUGUCGGACUUCCACGUGCACCCCCAGGCCACCGUGGGCGAGGAGGGAGGUGUGGCCCGCUUCCAGUGCCAAAUCCAUGGGCUUCCCAAACCCCUGAUCACGUGGGAGAAGAACAGAGUCCCCGUUGACACGGACAAUGAGAGGUACACAUUGCUGCCCAAGGGGGUCCUGCAGAUCACAGGACUUCGGGCUGAGGACAGCGGUGUCUUCCACUGUGUGGCCUCGAACAUUGCCAGUGUCCGGGUCAGCCACGGGGCCAGGCUCACUGUGUCAGGCUCAGGCUCUGGGGCCUACAAGGAGCCCAUGAUCCUCGUGGGGCCUGAGAACCUCACCCUGACGGUGCACCAGACCGCGGUCCUGGAGUGUGUCGCCACGGGCAACCCGCGCCCCAUUGUGUCCUGGAGCCGCCUGGAUGGCCGUCCCAUCGGAGUGGAAGGCAUCCAGGUGCUGGGCACCGGGAACCUUAUCAUCUCAGACGUGACUGUCCAGCAUUCCGGAGUCUAUGUCUGUGCCGCCAACAGACCUGGCACCCGGGUUCGGAGAACAGCGCAGGGCCGCCUGGUGGUGCAGGCCCCAGCAGAGUUUGUCCAGCACCCCCAGUCCAUCUCCAGGCCAGCUGGGACCACAGCCAUGUUCACCUGCCAAGCCCAGGGUGAGCCGCCCCCUCACGUCACGUGGUUGAAGAAUGGCCAGGUGCUGGGGCCAGGAGGCCACGUAAGACUCAAGAAUAACAACAGCACCCUGACCAUUUCUGGAAUUGGCCCUGAAGACGAGGCCAUCUACCAAUGUGUGGCCGAGAACAGUGCCGGCUCCUCACAGGCCAGUGCCAGGCUGACGGUGCUGUGGGCCGAGGGGUUGCCUGGACCCCCCCUGAAUGUACAGGCAGUCUCUGUGUCAUCCACUGAGGUCCGCGUGUCCUGGAACGAGCCCCUGGUCAACACCAAGGAGAUCAUCGGCUAUGUCCUGCACAUUAGGAAGGCUGCCGACCCUCUGGAGCUGGAGUAUCAGGAAGCAGUUAGCAAGAGCACCUUUCAGCACCUGGUGAGCGACCUUGAACCCUCCACUGUCUACAGCUUCUACAUCAAGGCCUACACUCCAAGAGGGGCCAGCUCAGCCUCUACCCCUACAAUUGCCAGCACCCUAGGAGAAGCCCCUGCCCCACCCCCACUGUCAGUGAGGGUCCUGGGCAGCUCCUCCCUGCAGCUGCUGUGGGAGCCCUGGCCCCGGCUGGCCCAGCAUGAGGGUGGCUUCAAGCUGUUCUACCGCCCAGCAAGCAAGGCUUCCUUCACUGGCCCCAUUCUGCUGCCUGGAACUGUCUCUUCCUACAACCUCAGCCAGCUCGACCCCACCGCAGUGUACGAGGUGAAGCUGCUUGCCUACAACCAGCAUGGGGACGGCAAUGCCACGGUCCGCUUUGUGUCUUUGAGGGGGGCAUCUGAGAGGACAGCCCUGAGCCCACCAUGUGACUGCCGGAAGGAAGAAGCCACCAACCAGACAUCCACCACAGGCAUUGUCAUUGGCAUCCACAUUGGGGUCACCUGCAUCAUCUUCUGUGUCCUCUUCCUCCUGUUUGGCCAAAGGGGCAGGGUCCUCUUGUGUAAGGAUGUAGAAAACCAGCUCUCCCCUCCUCAGGGCCCCCGGAGCCAGAGGGACCCUGGCUUUCUGGCACUGAAUGGGGUGGGGCGGGGAGAACGGGGCCGAGAUGAGAAACACGUGGACAUGAAGGAGCUGGAGCAGUUGUUUCCCACUGCUGGGACAGCAGAGCAGCCAGAACCCAGAUCUCACGCCAGAUCCACGGACCCUGUCCAGUGUGAGGAGACCCAGCUCUCGAUGCUGCCAGUCCAGGGGAUCGACCUUCUGGAGGAGAUGACCUCGGAGGUCAGGGUCCCCUGUGCAGGCCCCGCGGCUGCCCUGCCACCCCAGGAUAUAGGUCCCAGCCUCCUCGUUGAAGGACAGGCCCCCCAGCUCUCCGCUGCACCAGCUGCCCAGCCAGAUGACUCGGGACAGUAGCCAGUGUCUGGCUGGCAUUGGAGGGGGGGCAGUACCCCAUUCUCAGGUCAAAGGCAGGAUUUCCCCUGUUAUGUGAGUUUCAGAUGGGGCCUUCCCAGUAUUUCCUUCCCAACAACCCCUCAGGUUGUCAAGAUCUAAAGACACCUUGUCAGGGUACCAACCCCCUUAAGGACCUCGGGGGGGGGGGCUACAAGAGCCCCUUCUUUAAAAACAAGCAAAACUUAAAAUAUUCCCCCCCCUCCAAAAAAGAGAGAGAGGAAGGUGAAUUAGAUUCCAAAAAUAUGCCCCUGUUAUGACUGGGCCCCUGACACUGUCACCCUGCACCAACCUUGUUUUCUCAGGAUGGAUUUUGCUGUUUUGGCGCUCAGCACCUACCUCAGCCGGAAUGAAUGUCUUUGGGGGAGUGGGCCGUAGUCUCAGCCCCUACCCCACAGAGCCCUGAUGCACUCCUACCUCAAGUCCCUUUGUGGGCACCUCCUCCUCCUCCCCACAUUGUUGUCCAGAGGUUAAAAAAAAAAAAAAAAAAAAAAAAAAAGCACUUCCCCAUUUCCAGGUGUGAAAGGAAAUGUCUACCUCAAGGCUCACUGGCUCUUUGGGCCUGUGUUGUGUCACUGGACCUCCCUCCUGGCUCCUCUGCCUGCUGCCCGCAGCCUUCCCGUCAGUCUCCAGAGAGGAGGCCAGAGGCUAAGUCACCAAGGGUGGGCCUCUUGGGGCCUACAGAAAUAAAGAUGGAAUUGGUCAAAGAAAAUGACAAAAAGCCAAAAAUGAGAGGAAACUGUUCCCUGGAGUAUAAUUGGUUGCUCCAAACCAGCCACCCCCUAGCAUGCUGCCGGUGUUCGUCCAGUCUCUUGGACCCUCUCAGGCAACUCGUGCUGGCUGGGAUCCCAACCCCCCUCUCUCCACCUGGGCUUGGGAGGGUGGGAUGUUCCCCCCGAAGCCUGCCUCGGGUCCCGCCCAGACACAGAGCCCCUGGAGCAGGCUGGUCCCAGAAUGUACUGUGUGUGUGAUGUUGUGUGUGUGUGUGGGUGGGGGGAUGGGUGGGGAGGCGGUCCAGCAGAGGUCCCCCCACCCUCUGUGCCAUGGGACCCCCCCCAGCCUGACCCCUCUCCUGGACAGUGAAUUGGGCACUGUCGUAGAUAUGAUCGGAAGCUAUUUUUAUACAAGGUUUGUUUAGGGGUUUAUGUUCUUGUGAUUUCUUGUUUCUCUUUUCUGUUGUGUUGUCCUUUGAAAUACUUAGUUAAGAGGGAAAAAAAAAAAACCAAGGAAACAAAUACCUAUUUUUGGUUAUACUCAGAAACAUUUUUUUAAAUAGCAGAAAGAAAACUUUUUUUUAAAGGAAAAAAAGUGUAUUCCUUAAGUAUGAGAUUAGAACAUAAAUUCCCUGACCCCCAACCCUCUAGGGACUCCCCGCCUCAAAAUUUAGUUAAUUAGUUGAAAAGUAGAAUGUGUGGUGUUUUCCUAGAAAGUCGUGUCCAUGUGGACCCGGGGGAGGGCGGCCUGCCCUUCUCUCAAAUGAUGGGCCCACGCCAAGGGCUCGUCAAAGCUCCUAGGCCGUGCCCCCUCUGUCCCUGCAGCAGCUUCUCUGCACCCUCUUCAUCCUGGAACCCCCUCUCCGCUGAGAAGGUGGGUCUGGGGGAGGUGGGGUGGGGGCCCCCUGGCCUGACAUGGCCUGGCUUUUGUCACACUCUACUCAUUUUGACUGAAUAAAAGUCUUGUUG